GGAGCCACCGCCCCCAAGCAGCUGGGCCGCCGUUCCGCCGCCGUUUGGGGAGCCCGGAGAUCUUCGGCGCCGGGUUGCCCUGAUGGUCCCCGGCAGGCGGCGGCGGCAGAGGCGGCGGGAGGAUGACCUCUCCCCGGGAGCGGGGUGCCGACUUGGCCCGUUUCUACACUGUCACCGAGCCUCAGCGACACCCAAGGGGCUACACGGUGUAUAAAGUCACUGCCCGGGUUGUUUCACGAAGAAAUCCAGAGGAUGUCCAGGAGAUAAUCAUAUGGAAGAGAUACAGCGACUUUAAGAAACUACACAAAGAACUAUGGCAAAUUCACAAAAACUUAUUCCGACAUUCAGAAUUAUUUCCUCCAUUUGCAAAAGGAAUAGUGUUUGGGCGGUUCGACGAGACUGUCAUUGAGGAGAGGCGGCAGUGUGCCGAAGACCUGCUCCAGUUCUCUGCCAACAUCCCCGCUCUUUAUAACAGUAAACAGCUUGCAGAUUUUUUCAAGGGUGGAAUAAUUAAUGAUGGUUCAGAAUUGAUUGGUCCUGUUGAAGCUCAUUCGGAUUCUUUCGCUGAUACCUUUCCUGAGUGUAGUACGGAAGGCUUCUCCAGUGACAGCGAUCUGGUGUCUCUCACUGUCGAUGUGGAUUCUCCUGCUGAGUUAGAUGAUGGAAUGGCUUCCAAUCAGAGUUCUCCCAUUAGAACUUUUGGCCUCAGUCUUUCUUCAGAUCCUUCAGCACUAGGGGCUGUUGCUUCUGACAGCGAACCGAACAAAACAGAAGAAGAACGGGAAAAUCGUAGCCUCUUUCCUGGCAGUUUAAAAUCCAAGCUUGGCAAGAGAGAUUAUUUGGAGAAAGCAGGAGAAUUAAUAAAGCUGGCUUUAAAAAAGGAAGAAGAAGAUGACUAUGAAGCUGCUUCUGAUUUUUAUAGGAAGGGAGUUGAUUUACUCCUAGAAGGUGUUCAAGGAGAGUCAAGCCCUACGCGGCGGGAAGCUGUGAAGAGAAGGACAGCCGAGUACCUCAUGCGAGCGGAGAGUCUGUCCAGCUGCUACAGAACACCUCAGUCUGACGAUGUGUCCCAGCCUCCAGGAUCACUAAGUUCAAGGCCCCCUUGGAACCUAAGGAGCCCUGCCGAGGAGCUGAAGGCCUUCAGAGUCCUUGGGGUGAUUGACAAGGUUUUACUUGUAAUGGACACAAGGACAGAACAGACAUUCAUUUUAAAAGGUCUCAGGAAAAGCAGUGAAUACAGCAGGAGCAGAAAGACCGUCAUCCCCCGCUGCGUGCCCAACAUGGUGUGCCUGCACAAGUACAUCGUUUCCGAGGAGUCGGUGUUUCUUGUGCUGCAGCACGCGGAAGGUGGCAAACUCUGGUCAUACAUCAGUAAAUUCCUAAACAGAAGUCCUGAAGAAAGUUUUGACAUCGAAGAAGUGGACAAAUCUGCACUUAGUAAAGUUCACCUGCUACAGCCGACUUGCCGUCCUCAGGACAGCAGCAGCUUCGAAUCCAGAGGAAGUGACCGGGGAGCCAUGCUGCAGGCCCUGCCCCUGGAGACGAGUCUGACUCAGAGCUCCCAAGACGGCAGCAACCAAGACGAUGACGGCCAGGAUAGCUCUCCAAAAUGGCCCGAUUCUGGCUCAAGUUCAGAGGAAGAAUGUACUACUAGUUAUUUAACGUUAUGCAAUGAAUAUGGGCAAGAAAAGAUUGAACCGGGGUCCCUGAGUGAGGAGCCUUUCGUGAAGAGCGAAGGAAAUGGUGUUGGUACCAAAGCUGUCGAAGGCUUCCCGGCACCCCUCGCGGCCCACAGUGACAACCUUGGCUCUCAGCGGAUGGCUCGCGAGCUGAAGCUCUUCCCUGCAAAGGACGGCCUGGAUGCAGUUAGUUCUCCAAGGACGUUCGAUCCCCUCAGCAGAUCGAAAGACAGCUCCAUGGAGUUCUUUAGGAUAGACAGUAAGGAUAGCACCAGUGAACUCCUCGGACUUGAUUUCGGAGAAAAAAUAUGUAGUCUAAAGUCAGAGCCUUUGAAACCGUUUUUUACACUUUCAGAUGGAGACAGGAGUUUCAGCAUUAGUGAAAGCAGGGUUAUAGCUCAGGACACCAUUAGCAGAGGCUCAGAUGACUCUGUCCCAGUUAUUUCUUUUAAAGAUGCUGCUUUUGAUGAUGUCAGUGGUCCUGAUGAAGGAAGGCCCGAUCUUCUUGUGAACCUCCCUGGUGAAUUGGAGCCAACUAAAGAUGGUGCAGCCGUGGGGCCUACGAAGUUUACACAGACUAAUAUAGGCAUCAUGGAAAGCAAACUCCUGGAAGCCCCUGAUGUUUUAUGCCUCAGGCUUAGUGCUGAACAGUGCCAAGCAAAAGAAGAAAAAGGCUCAGAGGAAUUGAGUGAUCCCUCUAGUCUUCCGUCCCAUGGUGUAACAGAGAAACACUAUGCCCAGGGGGAUCUUGGGAUGCUAUUUGUAGCCGCUGUUGACCCCAGUAGUUCAGGAGACAUGUCCUUGUCACGCAGCUCAGAUCCUAACUUUCAGGGACUUGGAGUGGUUGCGUCGGCAGUGGCCGCAGACAGCACAGCAGAAAGCUUAUUCCCGGUUUCUGACCCACUCUCAGGUGCUAAUGAAUAUGCAAACACAGACACUUUAAACACUGAAGAAGUAUUGCUGUUUACAGAUCAAACCGAUGAUUUGGCCGAAGAGGAAUCGACUUUAUUUCGGACAGACUCUGUGACUAAGGGAGCAAGUGGGUUAGCACAAGGAGACAAGGAGAUACAUCAGAUUUUUGAGGACCUAGAUAAAAAAUUAGCACUGAACUCCAGGUUUUACAUCCCAGAGGGCUGCAUUCAGAGAUGGGCAGCCGAAAUGGUGGUAGCCCUUGACGCUUUACACAGAGAGGGAAUUGUGUGCCGCGAUUUGAACCCAAACAACAUCUUAUUGAAUGAUAGAGGACACAUCCAGCUAACGUAUUUCAGCAGGUGGAGUGAGGUUGAAGAUUCCUGUGACAGCGACGCCAUGGAGAGAAUGUACUGUGCCCCAGAGGUUGGAGCAAUCACUGAAGAAACCGAAGCCUGCGAUUGGUGGAGUCUGGGUGCCGUCCUCUUUGAACUUCUCACUGGCAAGACGCUGGUCGAGUGCCAUCCGGCAGGAAUAACCACUCACACUACUUUGAACAUGCCGGAAUGUGUCUCUGAAGAGGCUCGCUCACUCAUUCAGCAGCUCUUGCAGUUCAACCCCGUGGAGCGUCUUGGUGCUGGAGUUGCUGGGGUGGAAGAUAUCAAAUCUCAUCCAUUUUUCACCCCCGUGGACUGGGCCGAGCUGAUGAGAUGAACGUAACACAGGGUCAUCUGCACACAUUCUGGUCUUCUCUGGACAGGCGUCCCCGGCACAGAGGCAGCUCUGCCUCCCGGUCACCUGCACAGCCCCAGAGCCCUGGGAUAAGGGCAAUCAAAAGGCUGAAAGAGAACAAUUCAGAGAACAAUUCCUUUGCAGUUACUCUCUGGACAAGACGUUGGCCGCACGUGCCAGGAGCUGUCUGAACAAACUUUGACCAAGGUGUGGUUAUCUCUACUUUAUGCACCUUCCGAGUGGCGCAUGCGUUGUAAUCCCAGCUGAAAAGAGUGCCCACUGAGCACGUCCUCCGGUGCAGAACUCCAAGUGUGCAGUGAAGGGUUACUUGAAAGGAGGACCUUUACGAGGCAGCUAACCAUGCUUUCUGCUAAACAGGAUUGUUUUACAUGAUCAAAUUAAUAUUUAUUGAAUAAUAUGUGAGAAGUGCUUCAUAAAUAAUGUCAUCUGUGGAGCUUAAAAAAGUGAGAAAAAAGAGAAUGUACUCAUCAUGUCUGAUAGGAACCAUGUUUCACAAUGCUGUGUAAUUAAUGUGUGUUGAAUGUGGUCCCGGAUUGUUUCAUACUUGCAGAAGUCCACGUGCAAAGGAAACACUCUAUCGUGUCAACUUCAUGCUGGGCUGGUUGGUACCACUCGUGGAAGGGUUGGUGCAAACACUCGCUCUGUCUCUCUCCAGUUCUUCUUCCUGCAGCCCUGGCCUGUGCUCUCACACUCCGUUCUUCCACUAACACACAUGCAACAAAGAAGGGAAGGGGGUACUCACGUCCCCAAACUGUAUCGACCUAAUAAGGACUAAGAAAUCAUGAUGUAAAAUAAACGUGGUAAGAAUUUAAAUCUCUCCUUCACUGAAUUGCUUAGGACUUUUUUUUUUUAAGAAAGGUUUCUCUUUUAUUUUGGAAUGUCAGGAAUUUCUAUUUCUUAUGCUUGACAUCGGUUUAGUUUUUGGCUUGGUAUGCUAAGAACCAAAGGAUCUCAUCAUCUAAAUGGAAUCGAAUGGCACUCGUAUUUUAUUACUUAUAGUGACAGGAUUUCCAGAUUUGACCUCCUAAUUUACUUGACAUUUUGUAGAAUAUGGAUAUAUACACAUCUUCAAACAUUUGUAUUAUUUCAUUCAGCUGCUAAGAUAGGUCCUGUGGUUAUGCAUUGUUUAUAACAAUUUACAAAUGUUUUAAAAGCGUUAAUGCAUUUUUUUAAACUUUACUCAGAGGACAAAGAAUAAAUCACUAUUUCCAAGUUAGGAGCUACCGGAAGUAAUGGAAGCUUUCUGUAUGUUUCAGUCCGUUGUGUUUUUGAGGUAUGUGUGAGGCCCCCCCCCACCCCCAAUUCCAAGAGCAUCUGCCAUCUGCCAUCGGUCAGGUCCUCCCAUCAAAUUGAGUGGAAGCAGAAAAUGCUUUAGUGAAACAAAGGAAAUGUGCAAGCAUUCUUCCUUUUUCUCUUAUCCGUCGCCCCCUUUUCCUCUUGGGUCCCCUUGUAACCUGAACCCCAGCUGAAGGGCUGCAACAACACUGGGAUGGGGAGCAGGUCAGCAGGAUCAGAGCUCAGUCCAGAUGACAUCAGCCCCUGGAACUGGGUUUCAACCCGCCGGCCCCCUGGCCUCAUAACAGGAACUCACGCAGGUGAGACACAGAGUGACUUCCUGAGCGGGACUGGUAGGAAAUCUGCAGGUCCUUCGAGCCGGCCGUCACACAGCUUCCUUCCAGAAGUGCCCUGUGACAUGAAAGCAGGACUCCACAGCUAAGGUGAAGCUCCCAGCCCCACCACAUGGUUUCGGUCCCUGGGAUUCAGGGGACAGUAGUGUCAACAGAUGGUUGCUGUGUCAGUGUGUUGACACAUUUCCAUUGCUUCAGUUUCUCCCUUUGUGUGUUUGGUCGGAACUUGUGCUUAAUGUGAAUGCAUUAUUCACAAUCAUGAUGGCCAUUAAUUGUGUUGGUGAUACACAGGAUGAAUGGCUUUGGGUUGAGGAACCCCGGUCUGUUUUUUUAUGGUGUGUAUUAGAGAUACUGUCAUUUCCAAUGCUGUGCUGAGUCUGCUUUUUUUUGCUUUUGUAUUUUUUUUAGCAUGUGUCAUAUGGGUCAAAAUCACAAACGAACUUGCCAUCUAGUAUUUCUCAUUUAAAUUUUCUUUUGUGGUACAAUAUACCUAACGUAGAAUUUAUCAUUUUAAAGACUUUUACGUGUCAAAUUCAUUGGCAUUAAGUAUGUUCAUGCUUUUAUUUAACAAUCACCACUGUGCAUGUCAGAACUUUUUAACCAUCCCAAACUGAAAUUUCGCACCGAUUAAGCAGUAGCUUCCAGUACCUGCUCUCCCAGCCCCUGGUAACCGCCAUUCUAUUCUCUGUCUCUCAGGAAUUUGACUCUUCUAGGUCUCAUGUAAGUAGACUCCUAGGACACUUGUUCUUCUGAGCCUGGCUUAUUUCACUCAGCAUAACGUUUUCAAGGCUCAUCCAUGAUGUAGCGCGCAUCAAAACGGCAUUCCUGUUCAAGGCUGAGUAGUAUUCCACUGAGUGUACAGGCCUCACUUUGUUCAGCUGUGUACCUGGCAGUGGACAGAUAGGUGUUUCUGCCCUUCGGCUGCUGUGCACAGCGCCACCGUGAACGCUGCUGUGCGAACACCUGGGUCCGGGCUCUCACUUGGCUUUAUGUUUUCUCAUGAAAUUACCAAUGCCUUUGACUGAGUUUAUGGUGCCCUUCAUAAGGGAGCUUUUUCUAGCAGGGCACCGAUGACAUUGUGGUGCAUUGCCACCUAUCUUUUGAUAUGAAAAUCCACUGCUCCUAUUUCACAGGUGGAUAAGUUAAGCUCUCAGAUGAAAACAGAAGGCCAUUAUUUUAGAGGGUUGUUUUAAUGACCUGAGUUAUUAAAACUAUGACCUGAGUUAAUAGUUUUCGAGACAGAUGUUCUCAACUUAUUAUAAUAAUGAACUCUCAAUGGUGUAUUUAAACCCGCCUUUUAAACAUUUGGAAACAGCUACAAGUCCUGUUGUGUUUGACCCUCCAGAUUUUCCCACCCUGUUCUGUUUCAGAGUCAUUGUGAACCAAAGUUGAGUCUUGCUUUCAGGCCAUGCCUGUGCUGCAGAGUGUACAGUUCAUGCACAACACUCACGCUCACUCAUGCUGUGACCAGUGACACUGUGCUAGGACCCUGCUCCCAGUGUGCCCUGCUUGCAGUCGCUCGCCCAUGACUUAUGGAUCCAAACAGAGAAAUCUGCCUGUGUCACCGAAAGACUCUUCACCUCUUCGGGGGCCCCUUCCAGCAUCUUCAUUGGACUUGCUUAGGGGUUACUUUACAGCAAAGGCCAAGGCAUAAGGUGGAUCCUUUUCUCCUUAGAUACAGUCGAUUUAACCCUCGUUGUAUCUAAAUGCUCUGGGUAAUGAAGCCUGAUAUUUCAAGCUCUUUCUUUAAGGAUUGUGAAAUAGAGUGGAAAGUCACAGAGUGGCGUCCUGAUCCUGUCCCUGGGACUGACUAGACUUGAACCUGAAUCAAAUAACAGUGUUGCAGACCUCUCUGCCUUACCUUCAGAGUGAAAAGGAAGGGGAGCUCUAAGCUCUACACACUUCUGAUGGACUUGCACUUUUUCGCAGUGAGCUAAUUCGAUCAACCAACAUCGUAGACAGACAAGGUUAAUGAAAAUCUUCAAUUGGCACUUAACUAUUUUCUUGUAAUUAUUUCUCUAGUAAUUGCACGAACUUGGGUUGCUGCCAUAUACCCUGCUCAGUAGCUCAACCCUUAGUGGUUAUGUGGCUAUAAAGAUUAUAAAUAGAAUGAAAUAUGAAAAGGUUAUUUCUCAGGCAGCUCUGCACGGGGAAAGGAGAGUUGAAGGUCCAGAUGGAAGCGCGUGGAGGUGAAAGGAGGGUGGGACACACCCCCAGUGGCUCACUUCUUAGACCCUCGUCAGUAGCCGUGGUGCUGUCUUGCCCUGUGCCCUCAUCUGUCAUGUGCCGUGUGUGUGUUUGACUCGGUUCUUUGGCAGCCGUCAUCAGAGUACAAAUUGAUACUUUCUCUUCGUAUUUAAUGCAGAACAUUAACCUCUACCAGCCUAGGUAAUUUGGGCUUCUGAGUAUUGGGUGUCUGCUCAGCUCAUUUUAAGGAUUUCGCAUCAGGUCCUUCUGUGUGGAAGGGUUACUAAAUGGCGAAAGCUGUGAAGUCAGCUGUUUUGCAAUAAAGCUGUGAACAGAGUAGUGGUAGGGAAAUGGGAAGCGGAGUGCCGUGGGUCUGGGUGACUCGGCAUCGCCGACUCUCCAGGGCAGGCCAGCAAUGGCGGUGGUGCACAGUCAGGUAGGACAGCUUGGUCUUUCUCGUCCCUAUCACACGACUUCUUUUCUUGAUUCAGGGAUGUCCUUACAGGGAGAAACUGAGGCAGAGAACAUCUGUGGAGGUGUGACAAAGGCAGUGGAUGGAAGUGACGGAGGGAGACAAAGCGGAGCACCUGUCGGGUGUGUGCGCAGGCGUCUGGUGCAAGAAAGAGCCUUCUUUGUUGAGCCAUAUUUAAAAAAAAAACCCUAUUAAAUGUGUUGGGGUGACAGCAGUUAAUAAAAUUACAUAGACUUCAAGUGUACAGUUCUGUGGCACGUCAUAUUUUUAUUGUGUGGUCCCCACGCCAGGCCAGAUCUCCUUUCGUCACCAUGUACUUGACCUCCUUUCCUCUUUGCCAUCCAUCCUCCUGCCAGCACCCUGCCGCUCUGGUGCCCACCACACUGUCGUCUGUGUCUGUGAGUUUUUGUUUGUCUUGUUCGCUCAUUUGUUUCUUUCAGGUCUGUAUCCCCCACGUGAAUGAAACAUGUUUCUCCACUUUUCCCACAGUGCCCUUCUUUGUUCUUCAGGAAGAGUCAGGCGGAAACCGAAACUGUUUCUUCUGUAACAGGAAAUAAGACGCUCCACUGCCUUUCAGGGAAGGAUUCAGUGACUCGCUUCUCCGGAGUCCGUUCUCUCUUGGCAGACACCUGCCAGAGCCGGCAGGUGUCAGGAGGGGCCCCGAGUGUCUGUGAGGGGCUGCUGUGGUUUCUUUGGGUGGAACGUGGUGAGGAAGAAUGACAAGUGAACCUGCUUUUGGCCAUGCUUAGAGUUGCUGGCAUUCUGCGUUUGUAAAUCUUAAAUAAAAAUUCAUGUCAAAAAGCUAACUCUUCUAGGACUGUUGAUCAGAUUCUUCCUAAAGCUAAUCCACUAGGCAGGCUUUGCCCCACCCUCCCACCCCCAGUAUCAAAGGAGAUUGGACAGAUGUCAGGGGAUUUGAGUCUGUUUCAGUGCCAAACCAGUGACCGCAAUGUGAUGUCGCCCUGACAUACUUGACUCAGUAGCCACAUACAUAGAAAACAAGAAGAAAGGGUGGUGCCGUGCUGUCAAAACAGGAGAAAAAUUGUUUGGUGUCUUGGGAUUGUUCUGGAAGGAAAAUAUGUUAGCUAUUUGGAGGAUCUAUCUUCAGCCAAAAAGUUUCUGACUAAGGAAACUUUAAAACUGAACCUUCCCACUCACCACGCCCUCCUACUGCUUUCUCACUUCUUCUUCCUCUCUUCAUCUUCUCUUUGUCUACCCCCCGCCCACCUCUGUGCUUCUCUGGCUACUGAACAAAAGACAUGGCGCCCGCCUUCAAGGACCUUAGGAAACCUAGGGGAGAGAAAGCAUAAAUAAUAAGUAGGGCAGAGUGUUGUUAUAAGGUCCGAAUAGGGCAUGGCGAGCUUACAGUGGAGAGAUCUGAGGAACUGCAGGAAGGCUCCCUGUAUUGGGGCAGCACCUUGAAGUUAGAGUAGUAUUUUUAAACAUAAGGACUUUUCUCCCCCCAAGAUUAUGUUUGGGGAGAAGGAAAGUAUCCAGGGGAACAAAAACCAGUUGUGUACAAAGGCAUGGAGGUGGGGAAAUGGGAAGCUGUGUUUAUUCUGUUUCAGGCUGGUUUGUAGGUAGGUACAUGAAUUUGAAAGGUAAAUUGGGGCCAGAUUAAAAGCCAUACUGAGAUAUUGGAUGUCAUUCUCUAGGUUGUAGGGAGCUGGGGAAGGGUCUUAGAGAGCUGACAUUAUUGCAUCCUGCUGUUAAAAAGGUAAUUUUAGGGUUAGAAUGGAGACUAAAUAGGAGAGAAAGCGAUAGAGGCAGAGAGAGAAGUUAGGAGUGACUACAGAAAUUUAGGCAUGAGAUGAAUCCCGAGUUAAGGCAGUGGAGUACAAAGGCGGGGUGCAGAACCAUCCUCUCUUCCCUGUCUCUCAAGUGUACAGAGUAGUUUCCUUGACAAAUAAUUGCUUCUCCUUUUUUCCUGAAGCCAGAUUACGCUCGGAGAUUAGGGAUUUGUUGUUUGCACAGUCAGCCCGGAGGAAGCCCCCGAGAGGCAAACCAGGAGAGCUCCUAUGCCUUCUCCUCGUUGAUUGAAAAUAUAUUUACUUUUCAGAGUUUAACUUAAAACUCCUGGGUCCCAGCUCACUUCCUUUUCAUCAUUUUGUGACACUUCUUCCCACCUUUUGCUUUGAAAUAGCCAGUUUGCUUUUGAUUUGGACUGUGUUCUGCUCUUGGUCUUAGAAGGCAAUACGUCCUGCCAGUUGACCGUUCUCUGUGGACCAGCUCGCUCUCUGACACCCGUUUUGCUUAGCUUGGUGGUUCUCAAAAAGCAACUCCCAUCUGGGUCAAGGGAAUAUGGUGAUUUACAUUCUUCUUGCAACUUGUCUUUAAGUUUGAAAUUAUUCCCAAAUAAAGUUUCAGGGAAGUUAAAAGAAAAGAAAGGAGAAGAAAAGCGAUGCCCAGACCAUUAACAUGAGCAUCACUUGAGAAUGCGUUGGGUACGCCAGUUUUUGCACCCCAUCCCAAAUCUGUUAAAUCAGAACUCUGGGGCCUGCGCGGCCGUGUUUCUGUAAGGGCUUCGGCUGAUUCUGAUGUUUGGUCGACUUUGAGAACCGCUGGCUUAGUUCAAUGUCAGCUUAUGGGGCUGCUCCUUGUAGGGGCAGAAGCGUCCUUCCCUGUGCUGUUUUGAGUUUGAACGUAUAUCCCAGCACUCGGCGGUUUUCCCAGGAGGCUGUCCCAAGACAUCCUAGUGUCAAAGUGAGAGGAGAAGAUAGAUAAUGAGGACAAGGAGAAAGGGAAGAAGCAGGGGAAUAGCCAGUUGGAUAAAGAGAAAAUUGGAGGAGGGGCCAACGGAGGAGCACAUGGAUGUGUGGUUCCGUUGCCCUGGAGACUGGGCCUCUCCUGUUGUCAUUCUCUAGUCAACCCACCGCUAGAACGAGCAUCCGAUUACAGCUGUACCUGUCUUGGUGACUUGUCUGUUGUUGGGGCUUUUUGCUCCUUAAGCAGAGCCACAGUGGAAAUUGAGGGUCGAGUCCCUGCGUUGUUCAGCAUCACUGAUGUAAAGACUCUGAGCUCAGUCGGGAAAGAUAGCAGAAUGUUCUUGUUGGAUUCAGCGUGUAGCAGAGCUGCUCAGUGUCCUCGUUGUAACUGAGGGGCUUAGCUGGGCAUGUGCUCUGGGUAGACUUGGUUUUGCCUUUUGAAAAUGGGCACCAAGCUUCUCGGGAGUAAGGCGAAAUGUUCCAGAUAGUCCCUGAAGUGUGCGUGUCGGGGGUAGGGGGGGGAAUGAUGAGGGAAAUGUGGGCAACGUGCUACCUUCUUAUUUUUCACUCUUGUUUACAAGGUCCCAAGAUGAUUAGGUAAUUAAUGAAAUGUGUUUUGACCAAGUAUAUAUAUUUGACCUCUUCGUGAGCAUUUGCAAACUUUGGGUGGUUUUGUGUUUUCACUGGGCAGGAUUUUAGGCUUAGCAGUUGCUUCCUCUGUCCAUUCGUUUGCUAUGCCUUCUCAGCCUCAGUAGUGAUGUGCCAUCCUUCUUUUUAAAAAUGUCAUUAUUGUUUAAACCACUAUCGAAGAGGACAAGCUUUGCACAGUUUUUUCUAAUGGUAGGCAGAGGUUCCCACUAACACCCGCACCUCCCCACACACCCCCACUGAUUGUGCCCGGAGGCACACCCGUGUCGAUCUAGCUGGGCAACCCAGUGUCUGCCUAGCAGAGAGAAGCCAGUUUGCCCCUGAGAGCUUCAACAGCCUCUUGGUAAAUGGCCCUUGGGGCUACUGUGGAGUCCAGGACUCUUCACCAUUUGUCUCUGAUCCUCUUGCUCCUGUACCCUUUCUUUCAAGUGUAAGGCCCUGAGCACCUCUUGUCCGGUGUGUCGUGGGUAAAGGGCUGUUGGAUGAACUUGAGAUUCUGAGAAAGAACUGCUGCUUGCUUUUCAUUCUGUCACCUGUUACUUCUAGCCCAUAACUUCGGUUCAGCCCACCCAGCGGGGCCUGAAGCUUCCCUCGGGCUGUUUCGACCUUAGUAUCAAAAGACGCUCCAAGGCACAUGGCUUUGUUUUGCCUGCACCCUGUUCCCUGGGACCAAAACACCUGGUUACCCUCCCUCUAUUUGAAGGGAUUUCUGUGAGACUGCUGGUCUAGCUCUCACCCCACCACUUAGCUGGCCUUCCUGGCGCUGGUCAAUCUUGGCACCCAGAAAGCAGAGAGCGACAGCCACCCUGAUGUUGCCGCUGUCCGUCCCUCUGCUGCAGAUCGGAGCUGCGUGCAGUGGUUCCCCUCCACUGUGGGCGCUCAUGGCUUGAGGGAGCGGAGCGAGAGCCGUGGCUGCCUGCUGCAGCUGUCUCCUUUUGAAUCACCCACCCCCACUCCCCAGGUGCCAGAACAGCUCUGGGUUGCGCCUGCUCCCCAUCUCUACCUCUCCCGCCCGUCGCCGCACUGGUAGCAGCUUUCCAAUGCGUCCUUUGUUGCGGGAGCUCUAAAUCCAUGGUAGGAAAUUACCAGGAGACUCGCCUCAGUCUGCCCUCCCUCCCCUUGCCCGGUCUCUUUCUUCCCUUCCUUUGUCUCCUUCCGCAGUGAGGGUCAGAAUCCCUAGCCAGACUGAGAACAUGGUUGCUAUUCCAGGACCCAGAUGCCAAUAUGUGGCAGCAUCUGGCUUAUUGGCAAGCGUUGCCUGCUGUUGUGCUGGCUGCUUCUCGGCCUGUCAUGUGGCUGAGCCUGCUAAUGGGGGCCCUGUCACAAAACGGAGUUUCUUUGAGAAUGUGGUUGCAACCAAGGAGGCCACCAGCAAACUGAGCUUUGUGGAGAGGACAGAAUUGCUGAGCAGGGUGACCGUGGACUCCAGGGUGGAUGGCGGCCCUGGGCCCGUUCUGUGAAGAUCCCCGUUUUCUGUCGUCGGAGGCUGCCCCUCACGUAACCUUAGCUUCUUGUGUGUUCGUGGUACAGGUGCCUUAAGGCAUGGAGCUCCUUGAAAGAAAAACACAAAUCACUCAGACCCGUGGAGAUGAAAAUCCUGCUCCUCAGAGGGGACCGUUUGGCACGGGGAGUGCAUGAUAACAGCUUGCUUUAGAAAGGUGACAUUUCUGCUGAAGGCUGAAUAAUAAAAAAUGCAUUUUAAAAACUCAGCUCUUCCGUGUCUUCUGAUGGCUGACUUUUGGAGUGAAGGCCAUUUCUUCAAUGCGAAGGGUCUUUUUUGGGGUUAGCCUCUCCAGCCCCCAAACAUGGGCAUAUUGACGCUUGUCAUCUUUGAUGAAGCUGAGGAGCUUUUAAAAUUAAUUAUCACAUAAUAGGGCUAUUUGUACUUUUUCCAAGGUGCAAAAGAAUGCAUGCUCAGAAUGUGCAGUCAGAGAGUCUGAGGGGCAGAGAGGGAUGAGGGGCACAGGGCCCCUGCCCCCGGGCACGGGCGCCCAGAUGACGCAUGCUCCCACCAUCCCCUUCUCCACACCCUCUACUGCCGCACAGAGCAAGCGAUGUGCUCUGUGCUCUAACAGUGGAGGAACUGAAAUCCCAAGAAGUCGACGUGUCCCAGUUGGCAUGGCACGCCGAUAGGAGCUGUGACUGACCGGACACGGAGCCACGCGGUCCUGCCUCACCAAGCGGAUGUGAGUUGGAUUCUUAGGUGCUAAGCCCCAAGGCAGGACCUGUGUCUUUAACUUUUUGCAGCUCCACCCCUAAUUCUCAUCUCCACCUGUGAUCCCCUUUCCACACAUCUCUCCCAACACACACUCACAUACACACACAUAUGUGUAUAAUAACAGGACUCUUUACACACAGGCCAGGGAAGGAAGGAAUCAAGAAAGAGUAUGUAGAGAAAUUCGCAGGAAUUAAAGGAUGACGAUGACCCUGGGAAGGUGGUGACGCUGAUGGCAGCAGCAUAGUACCCACGGAGACAGCAAACUUGGAAAUUCAUAGAUGACAUUUACAGCCAGACUAGGGGACAAGACGGCACGAAUCCCCAGAGUCAAGCAGUAGGGGACAAACUACCAAUAACCACAAGAUUGCACAAGCCGGGCAUUCUGUGGGAGAGAGAAAGAAACCACAGUGUAGUUUCUGAGCGAAUCUGCAACCAGGAGCACCCCCAAAGCCCACUGCAGCACUGGAACUCAGUGGCCCAAUUUGAGAACAGCCACCGAAGGGAAAGCUGUUUUGCCCACUCUGACACCAGGUAGCGCAGAGAGCUUGCAAGAAGAGGGAUUAAAGCCUCUGGCCUUUUGAACUCUCAAAAUUGACCUGCCAGAACCGCCUUCUAGUGCUGGACGCUACAUUGAGGAGAAAUUGCUGGGAAUGGAAUCAAAAUUGAGCAAGGUAGGGACGAGAAGAAGGGCCAGUUCAAAGGAAGGAGAGAGCAGCCAGGGAAGCUCAGAACGCACCAUGUCACACACACUUGUUUUUUUUUUUUUUAACACUUCACAAAAACAACAGAAGAGGGAGCUCUGUGAAGUGACAGCGUUUUCAAAUUUAACCUGCUUCCUUCCCAUAAUUUAGUAAAACUAAUUUCACAUUAAAAUGCACAACAGAAAAGAAUCCAAAUCAAGUUCCGUACACAGUUAUUAUAAGAAAAAUAGAAUUAGGAGUGGAGUGACAUCCUCACAAAACAUUCCAGAAAGAUGUGCUCACAAAACAGAUAAAAACUAAUACACUGUUUCCAAAUGAACUGAAAGACAUUAAGAAAAUUAUGUAAGACAUGAAAGAACAACAUAAAUCGUGAUUAGAACACUCAGAGAUGGCAACUCAGAAGAGAAUUAGAAGUAAGAGAAAAAAAUGAGAAAUGGAGACUAGGAGGAGCGAAAGAGUGGACAAACAACAGCAGACCUUAAGAAAAUUGAAGGCGAAAAGGAAAUUAUUUAAAAAAAUAUUUUAUUUAUUUUUUUCGAGAGGGGAAGAAAGGGAGAAAGGGAGGGAGAGAAACAUCACUGUGUGAGGGAGACAUCAGUCAGCUGCCUCUCCCAGGCCCCUAACCGGGGACCUGGCCUGCAACCCAGGCACCUGCCCUGACUGGGAGUUGGGCUGGUGACCUUUUGGUUUGCCCCCUGGUGCUCAGCCCACUAAGCCACACCAGCCAGGGUGGAAACAUUUUUGUAAAAUUUUAAAUUAAGGCUUUUAGUGCUGCUGUUUCAGAUUCACAGCAAAAAGGAGGGGAAGGUUCAGCAAUAUCCCAUAACCCCCUGUCCUCACACCUGCCCAGUGCCCCCAUCCCAUUGAUGCACCGAUGCGGUGCAUUUGUUACAACCAAUGUACUUCCUUUGGCACAUCAUAAUCACCCAUAGUUUGUAGUUUGCAUGAGGGUUCACUCUUCCUGGUGUACAUUCUAUGAGUUUGGGCAAAUGUAUGCUGACGUGUAACUGCCGUCACGGUGUGAAGAGUAUUUUCACUGCCCACAGGAUCCUCUGUGCUCUACUUACUCUUCCCGCCCUGCUCCCCGCACCCUGUCUGACACCUGGCAGCCACCGGACGGUUUACCAUUUCCGUAGUUUUGCUUUUUGAAGAAUGUCAUAUAGUUGGAAUCAUGUAGUAUAUAGUCUUUUCAGAUUGGCAUCACUCCCUUAGCGAUAUGCACUGAGGCUUCCUCUGUGGCUCCGUGGCUUGACAGCUCAUUUCUUUUUAGCGCUGAAUAAUUUCCCGUUGUCUGGGGUGUACCACAGUUUACCAUCUCCUGGAGGACACCGUGAUUACUUCUGGGCUUUGGCCAUUAUGAAUGAAGCUGCUCUAAAUAUACAGUGUGAAGGUUUUCGUGUGGACAGAGGUUUUUAACUCAUUUGGGUAAGGACUAAGCAUGAUCGCUGGGUUGUAUGGUAAGAGCGUGUUUGGUUUGGUAAGAAACUGUCCGACCGUCUUCUCAGGCGGCUGCCCCACUGCAUACUCCCAGCAGCAGGGAAGGGGAGCUCCUGUCGCGUCACGUCCUGGUCAGCAUCUGGUGUCAUCAGUGUUCUGGGUUUUGGCCGUUCUGGCAGGUGUACGGGGUUCCUCAUUGUUGUCUGAAUGCACGUCUCCACGAUGAAAUAGGAAGACCACCUUCCCAUAUUUUUGUUUGCCAUCUGCAUGUCUCUGUGAGGAGGUGCCUGUUAAGGCCUUGAGCCCAUUUUUUAAGUGGGUUAUUUUUCUUACCGGUGAGUUUUAAGAGUUCCUUGUACGUACCGGAUAACAGUUCCUUAUCAGACACGGGCUGUUGUAAACAUUUUCUCCCAGUGUGUGGCUUCUCCUUCUCUGGACACUGUCUCCUGCAGAAGAGAAGUCGUGAAUUUUAAUGAAUUUCAGCGUAUCAGUUCCUUCUUUCAUGGAUCAUGCUUUUGGUGUUUUAUCUAAAGAAUCAUCACCAUACCCAGAUUUAUUCAGCUUUUUCUCCUGUGUUACCUUUUAGGAGUUCUGUAGUUUUUUAUUUUAUAGUCAAGUCUGUGGUCUGCUUUCAGUGGGUUUCUGUGAAAGGUCUCAGCUCUGUAUCUAGACUUCUUUUCUCUCUCUUUUUUUUUUGUGUGUGGAUGGCCAU